AUGUUGACUGAUAAAACAAAUUCAUAUGAAAAUAAAGCCAAUGAUCAUAGUUACAUUGAGGAGCAUCAAUAAUUAUUCUAGAAAACUUCUUAGUUUACAAACAUUGAUGACAAUAGCACUAUUUACAUAGAUCAAGAAACCAAUGAAUAGAGUGUCAUUCUAAGUAAGGACCCAGAAGUUUAGAAAUCUAUCUGUUUAUAAGAAAAUGAGAUUUAGAGAUUGUCUUAAGCAUAUGCUGAUAAGUAUUAUUAUGAAAUGAAAUUUGAACAAUAUCAAAAUCUAUUGGCAUAAUAAUAAUGCACAAUCUCUAAAUUAUUGAAUGAGAAAAAGGAUUUGCAAUAAAAGUUAGAAAAAUCUAUUAUUUAAAAUAAUUAUCAAGAAAAUUACAAUUCCCUAUAAUAGACUCAUCAAUUAGAAUAAAAAUUAGAAGAGCUACAAUUAUAAAAUGAGAAUUUAAUACAAUAAAACGAUUUGUAUGAAAAAUAAUUGGAGGAAACAAAAAGAUUGUUAUAAAAGUUGAAUAAAGAAUAAGAAUCAUUGUAAUUAUAAUUUUAAGAAUACAAACUAUAAGUAUUUAUUAAGGAAUAAGAAUAAUAAUAAUUGAUUGCUCAGUUAUAAAACAAAAGCUCAUCAGAAUCUAAGCUAUCCAUCUAUUAAGAAUUAUAAGAUCAAAUGAAUGAAAUAAAAGAACAGAACAAUUACUUAUUUGAUUAAUUAAGCAAGAAAGAAUAAGAAAUUGAAUAAUAUUUUUAGAAAUAAUUGUCAAAUAUAGUAGAAUAAUUCACUUAAGAAAAAUAACAAUUAUAAGAAGAGUUUGAAUCGUAAUUAGAAAAUAAGAAUGAAAUCAUACAUCAAUUAGAAAUCUAAGUGAAUGAUGUGCAUAAUCAAGCAUAACAACUAUAUUCUGAAAACUUACAAUUGUAAAAUCAAUUAGAUCUAUUAGGACAAAAUUAUUAGGAAGACAUUUAACAAUAGGCUAAUGAAUUAUCGUCACAAGUAGCAGAGUAUAAGAUAAUAAUAAAUAAUUUGGAAAAUUAGAUAUUUGUGAUGAAUGCUGAGAUCCAAAGAAGAGGCAGAUCGAAUGGUAAAGAGAAUGCCCAGAGAGUCUUAUAAGGAAUCCAAAAACAUAAUUAAUAGAGACUCAGUACUGGAGAGAUGACAUUCUCAAAUAUAACUCCUAGUUCCAAUUCAUUUAAAUACUAAAACCUAAAAAAUUGA